CCGGUUUUUUCUCGGAGUUGGCGCCAGAGGCGACGAUCGUCGACAUAAGGGGGAAAGCGCCAGAGGCGACGAUCGUCGACAGCAGACAUUUAGUUCCACCUGUCUGCUAAGAGAUGGCAGUGAGUGUGCAUGUACGCUCUUUGGUACUUCGACAGUGAUGCUUAGCACAAAAUGGCAUCGAAAAAAUUUCAAGUUUCUAUACAAGCUUUUGAGUAUUUUAUCAAAAACUUGAAGCCCCAUUUUCGCGGGAAUGACGUCAUCAGGAGUAAUUAGCGCUGCUACGACUAAUUAGACGGAUGCUUCGACCAGGAAUCGGAUGGAAACGAUGUAUUUAGACCCAGACUUCAUAUUAAAAUACCAAGGGAGGUAUAAAAAGCUGAUGGAGAUGGAUCCAGCAUUGCUGAAGGAGAGAGAAGCUUUCAAAAAGAGGGCGCUAGCACAACCAUCAGUCGAAAAGAGAAAGGCCCAGAAAAGAACUGAAAAUGAUCGCAGUACUAAGAAGGCACGGCCAGCGCCAAAACCUAAAGCCGAUUUUAACUACAAGGCAAUGCAAGGAAGUUCACAGUUUAAGUUUGGAAUAUUGGCAAAAAUAGUUAAAUAUAUGAAGCAACGGCAUCAACAGGGAGACACUUAUCCAUUAUCAAUUGAUGACAUUCUUGACGAAACAAAUCAACUUGAUGUCGGAGCACGGCAUAAACAAUGGCUAUCGACCGAGGCCCUCGUCAACAAUCCCAAGAUCAACGUCGUGGAUGACAAUAAGUUUGUCUUCCGCCCGAAGUAUAACAUCCGAGACCGGAGGGGGUUAAUGCGAUUGCUGGAGCGGAAUGACCUGAAAGGAUUGGGCGGUGUUUUGAUGGACGACGUCGAAGAGGCUGUGCCGAAAUGUGGGCGAGUUAUUCAGCAAUUGGGCAGCCAAAUCACCAAAAUCACGCGACCCGCCGAUAAAAAAGAAAUCCUCUUCUACAACGAUAAGAGCUUUGACUUCACAGUUGACGAGGAAUUUAUAAAAUUAUGGCGAGGCGUGUCCGUAGAUGGGGUAGAUGAAAAUAAGAUAGAUGAGUACCUGGACCAGCGGGGAAUCACUACCAUGCAGGACGUCGGAGCAAAAACAGCAGCUCCAGUACAGAAACGAAAACGAAAAGGUGGCAAUCGAAAAAAGACAUUCAAAUCACAUAACGACCAUUUAGGAAACUUGUUAGAAGACUAUUCAAACGUGGACAAGUGAGACAGUUAUCAAUUUUGUUAGGACUUGUGUGAUUGGCUGAAGUAAUUCAGAAAUGAGUUAGGUCGGGUCUGAUUGGUUGGAAUUCUGCUGAAGAUUUUAUGGAGAAAAGUGUCUGCCGUGACUAUAUGCGUUGCCAAAAAGGUGGAAAUCGUUAUGACUGUUCGGUUGCAUGCAUCACUUGAUUGACAUCGAUGUUCAAAGUUAAAUGGAGAACACGGUCGCUGACAAACCAUGUCCUUAAGCAUGUUAAAGGGACAACUUGGGCAUGAGAUAUGUUGGUUUUUUCAUUACAAAAAUGGCUUCCUGCAGGAGCGUGAUAUCUCCAAACGGGAUAAUUGAAAAGUCAUUGAACUCCAAUAACAAAUGCACAAGAACGGGGUGUAAAUUUAGGCCUGCCUGAAAUUCGCAAGCCAUGCCCAGAACUGCCUUCCAACACUGGUGAAAAUCGUUAUCAGAGAACGGCAUCAGUGUAAUACUACCAGUGGUGGUGCAUGGUGUCAAGCUGGCACAUUAUCCUCCUGACCAGGUAAAUUCCAGGUUGUCCCUUUAAUAAGAUUGAGCUCGGGACACGGCCGCUCUUGAUUGGUUCCUAAUUUUCAUUUGCUCUGAAACGGUAUUUGGCACUAAAUUUCUAGGAAGCCACGCCCCCCACAAACCUCAACCAAUGAAAUCGCAUAUAAACAACAACAAACCUGAACACGUUGGGGUAUCGCGGCUGACUUUUGUUAAGACGUAGCGUAAACUACAUUCUCUGUUCGCAAUAGUAUUUAACCUGGUUGACCAAAUUUGUAAAGUCAUUCAUUGAAAAAGUACCAAUUGUACGAAAUGUCUGAAUAGA